AUGGACUGUUGCCUUUCUUACAGCAAACCCAGAUUCUCUUUUCCAGCCCUGCCGUCGAUUCACAGUCGUCCAAUCAAUUUGGGAACUGACCGGAGGCAGUUGGUUGCGGUUGCUUGUAGAUACAAUAGUAGUAGCAGCAAGUGUGAGUUUGGCGGUUUGAACACGCCGCUUGAGCCGAAGACAGCGGCUGGGAGGUUCUUGAGUGGCGUAUUGCUGAAUGAUCGGGAGUACUUUCACGUUGCUGUUAGGAAUCAGUUGAAACAGCUGGUGGCUGACAGGGAUGAAGCCGUGGCUCGUGCCGAGUUCAGCUUGGGCUCUGAUGUAGCUUCCCUCCAUAGGUUGGUGUUCAAUUAUUUUCUUUUAUCUUUUCUUCUUUGCUUAUGGUAA